CACAGCUGAUCUGUUCGACUGUCAACCAGCAUCAACAGCAACCAACAUGACACUUUAUAGCCGGGCAGUACUGGGACUGUGCCUUUUGGCUCUUCUUUUCACGGUGCAUCAGGGAUCAAGUGCACCAGCAGUAGCUCCUGAAGCCACAUUGAAUCUCCAGCAGUCAGACGUCCUACUGAAUCGCAAAGCUCGCAUGUCACCUGUGUGGAGAAUCUUUGCAAGUAAACCACCCGGAGCUUAUUGCCAUGACCAUAUAGAGUGCUCUACAGGCCUCUGCAGGAGAGGAUUUUGCUCUUUCAACCAGCCUGUCCAUUCCUGAUGAUCUGGAGCUACACAACCCAACACAACAGCUAAUAGCAUAUAGAGACGACCACAGAUCCACAAAAUUCUUGUGUGGAGGUAAAUAUAUCAAGAAACAUAUUAAUUGUUAAAUCUGUUAUUUCUAAUUUACUAUAUUUUUUGGUGAAAAUUUUGAGAUUUAUUUAUUUUAAACAAGAAAUGAAUGGACAUUUCUAAGGAUUGCUGUGACGUACAACUUUUCAGAAAGAGAACUUUAUUUUUUAUUUAUACUGUAAUAUAUGGUAUCCACUGUAAAACAUAGCAAUUACUGAUGUUUCUUACAAGUACUGAUGUUACUUUUUACUUAUUUGUUAAAUAUCAUUGCGUUAAUCAUUUACCACUUAAUGUUUGUUUGUUUCAUGUUUUUUUUAUUCUCACAACAACUGUGUUUUGCAUUUUAUUUAACAGUAAUUACAUAAUUUGGUAUUGUCAGUUAUAAAAUAUAUAACAUAAUUUAGGGGUGUGUCAUUGCACAAAAGCCAUUCAGUUUCACUUUGGACCUCAUGGUUCUUUACAAGGCAAACAAGCCAAAAAUAAUACCACUAAAAUACAAACAGGCAGUGAUAUAAACUACAGUUUGUUCCACCUAUAAGAAGGACACACUGUCCUUAUCCAAUCUACUGUUUGAUGAGUUGUAAUUAGAUAGAAACAUUUUGAAAGUCACUGAAACACUUGUUAAUAUUCAGAUACUAAAAAAUAAAUAAAAAAGGACCACAAAUAUUAGACAUUUCCUAAACUAGGGGACUGGAAAUGUCCAGAAAUGUUCUGGGUUAUAGUGCACAUGUGAAAUGAGCUUGAGAGUCACGCUUUUUACAUGAGGCCAAAGAGAAAAGGACAGGGGCGGUGCUUGUGAAAUGACCAUAUUUCCUUUAAUAUUGUGCACCAUGAACUGUGAUGUCUUAAUUGUGAUGGUUAAGAACCACAUAUUAUUACAUCACUAUUAAAUGUAUAAUUUAGUGGUAUAAAAAGUAAACCAGGGUUAAAUAUAACAGCAAAGUGGAAGCAUUAAUCUUUCUUUUUGCAUAUUAGUUCAUUAGUUUUGCAGCUGCACAUAAUUUAAUUAAAGUUCACUUUAAUUUGACAGCAUCUAAAUGAAGAAUACUUAGUGACUCAACUGAAGUAUUAUGUUUUUAUAUAAAAUUGUCAUGUUCUAAGUACUGUACCAGAAAUACCUUUAUACCUUUAUACCUUUUAUAGGUAUAAUCUAUACAAUGCCAUUCAUACCUCUAAUGAUUCUGUUUUAUUAAGAAGACUAUAUUUACAUCAUCUUCAGUUGGUGCAGAUUAAACACCUCGUGUAGUAGCCUACUUGCACAAAAUUGUACUGUAAAAAAGAGAAAAAGGCCAUUGUGCUGUUAAUGGCUCUCUGUGUGUAUGUAUGUCAUUUACAGUGUGCAAAGUUGAAAUCUGUCAAAUAAAAGAAAACAUGAUUUUUAA